CAAUCAGCGGUCGGAUCUCUCCCAGCACUGCGGUAAUAUGGCUCCUGAGUGAGCGGUCCCGGCUCGGUGCUGCUACCGCCAUUAACCCCUUGGUGCUCGUUUGCGGUGGAGGGACCGCUGGGCCGAUGCGCAGGCGCCUCUCGCGCUCCCGGGCCGCCGCCCUCCCGUGAGGAUGAGCUCGGCCGUCGGCCCCGCCGCGCUACCCGCGGGCUCCAGCAGCCGGGCCCUGCAUGUGGAGCUGCCCUCGCAGCAGCGGCGGCUUCGUCACCUUCGGAAUAUUGCUGCACGUAACAUUGUUAAUAGAAAUGGUUAUCGCCUUCUGGAUACCUACUUCACUCUUCACUUGUGUGAUAACGCUAAGAUAUGUAAAGAAUUUUAUAGGAGUGAAGUGAUCAAGAACUCCCUGAAUCCAACGUGGAGGAGUCUUGAUUUUGGAAUAAUGCCUGAUCGCCUCGAUACAUCUGUGUCAUGUUUUUUGGUGAGGAUCUGGGGUGGCAAGAAAGACGUCUAUCAGCUGUUGAUCGAAUGGAAAGUCAAUCUAGAUGGACUAAAAUACUUGGGUCAGCAGAUACACGCUCGAAACCCAAAUGAAAUAAUUUUUGGGUUGAAUGAUGGCUAUUAUGGAGCUUCAUUUGAACAGAAGGAUCACUCAGGCACCCAGAAGAGUAGUCUACUCCAGGUGGAUCAGAACUGUGUCCGUAACUCAUAUGAUGUCUUCUCGUUGCUUAGGCUUCAUAGAGCCCAGUGUGCAAUUAAACAGACUCAGGUAACUGUUCAGAAAAUAGGAAGGGAGAUUGAAGAAAAACUGAGACUUACAUCCACAAGCAAUGAACUGAAAAAAAAGAGUGAGUGUUUACAGUUGAAGAUUUUGGUGCUUCGGCAUGAACUGGAGAGGCAGAAGAAGGCACUGGGUCGAGAGGUGGCCUUAUUGCAUAAGAAACAAAAUAUGUUACUUGACAAAGGAAAUGCAUUUGAGACUGAAUACCAGAGGCUUCAAAUGCAUAAACAAUCCCUGCAUGAGUUGAGAAAAGAAUGCACUGCUAAGAGAGAACUGUUCUUGAAGACCAAUGCACAGCUGACCAUUCGAUGCAGGCAGUUGUUGUCAGAGCUUUCCUAUAUUUACUCUAUUGAUUUGAACGAUCAAAAGGAUUACUUUGUCUGCGGAGUCAAGCUGCCUAAUUCUGAAGACUUUCAAGCAAAAGAUGAUGGAAGCAUUGCUGUUGCCCUGGGCUACACUGCACACUUGGUCUCAAUGAUUUCCUUCUUUCUACAAGUGCCACUCAGGUAUCCCAUAAUUCACAAAGGUUCCAGAUCUGCAAUCAAAGAUAAUAUCAACGACAAACUGACAGAGAAAGAGCGAGAGUUUCCACUGUAUCCAAAGGGAGGAGAGAGACUUCAGUUUGAUUAUGGAGUUUAUCUUCUCAACAAAAAUAUAGCACAGCUUAGAUAUCAACAUGGAUUGGGUACUCCAGACCUAAGGCAAACUCUUCCUAACCUGAAAAACUUCAUGGAGCAUGGGCUAAUGGUCAGAUGCGAUCGGCAUCAUAUUUCUAGUGCAAUUCCAGUUCCAAAGAGACAAAGUUCUACCUUCGGGGGCUUGGAUGUUAGUUUAUCUACUGGGCCUCCUUCUCCAGAUAAGGGACACCGGAAACGAGCCAGCUCGGAAAAUGAAAGACUACAGUACAAAACCCCCCCUCCUAGUUAUAACUCUGCAUUAGCACAGCCUGUUGCCAUUGCAGCCCCUGUAGAAGAGUCAGAUAAAAAAUCUGGAUCUCCAACCUCAUCCUUAGAUACCUCCUUGGACUUCUCAAAAGAAACCAACAAAAAAAGAGAAGAUUUGUGUGACAGUUUAAAUGCAGAAAAUGGGAGUCUGAAUAAUGUCCAAGACCAGCAGGAGUCUUUCCUGGGACGUAUUAGUGCAAUAAAUGGAACAUUUCUGCCUAGUGAAUGCACUGGCAGUGCGAGCAGCGAGGAGCCAUGCGAGUUCCAUCCUCCCCUCAGCAUUGAUCUUUGUUGCACUGUCGAGCAGGCAGAGGAAAUAAUUGGGAUGGAAGCAACAGGAUUCAGCACCGGAGAUCAGUUAGAAGCCUUUAACUGCAUCCCGGUGGACCAUGCUGUGGCAGUGGAAUGUGAUGAUCAAGUUCUAGGGGAGUUUGAGGAGUUCUCCCGAAGGAUCUAUGCACUGAAUGAAAACAUGUCCAGCUUUCGCAGGCCGCGCAAAAGUUCGGACAAGUAAGCUUCAACAGGAAUUCUGUAGUGGACGGUACCACGGUGAUCUCCGCGAUCUGAAAUGAAGAUGAAGUUGCACUUAUAAUCCUUUGUUUUAAUUAUGGAAAAAUGAUUAAAGCUGUUCCUUUGGUGUUGGAAAAUUAACUUUGUAACUGAGAGUGAUAACACAGGAUCAUGGUAUAUUCACAGUCCAGGUAAACUUUGACUCUGUUUCCAGUCCUUUCUUUGUCUGGUAUUUAUAAGCUGUUUUUCAGGUACCAGAGUCCAUUCUAAAUACUUUCUUUGAAAGAGAUUUUAGUGCCAAUCAGGCCCUUGUAUGAAUCUGUCUGCUUACGUUAUUUAGUUAUAUUUUAUUUUCAUCUUUUGAGGGGAAAAAAGUUAAUUUAAAAAUAUAUCUAUGGUAAGACCAGCAGUCAUUAUAUUUUUACCUUCUCCAAUAUACAGUUUCUCUUGAGCAAUGUAGUCAGUAUUACAGAAAUACCAUGAAUUUGCUACUUUUGAACAGCGUCUUAUUCAGUUGAGUUUUGCAAUCCUUAAAAUUUUAAGAUUGCACUGAUGGGUUUUCUGUUCUUUAAAGCCUGGUGGAAACAUGCAUCUUUUAUAAGCAUCUAAAUGAGAUUCACACAGUUUCUCUCCCCACGUAAAUGAUACUCUCACCAAUUCCCUCCCCUCCUACACUCACUGCUACUACCAGCAGGCAAAAUCUCUGGGUGGAGACAUGAUAACUUAACUAUGCAACAGUCAUCUGUUAAUUUAACCAAUGGAAAUUGCCCCACUUCCGGUUUAGGAUUAAAAUAGAGCUACUUCACGAGAGGCAAAAGCCUAAAAGAUGCAUUAUAUGAGCAGGUUCCACCUAUCAUCUGUAGUAUGAGAUGUCUUGCUUUCAGACAUCAAGGUGUUGUGAUGGAUUUCAUGGACACUCUCAAGUAAUCCAGACUAUGUGCAGUCAGUACAUGGGAACUGUUAUGCCGUUUGAUUGUAGAUAGGUAGUUUACCACUGGCACACGUGUUUACAACUUCACUAAUGGAAAAAUGGAUUUUGCAGCCUGUUCGUGAUUUCCUGGUAUUUGUCUGAGUUCGAUUUCAUUGCUCUUGCUUUCUAUAUUGUAUACCCAAGAAUUUGGGCUCAGUUGUGAGCUCUCAAAUAUAAAUCUGUAUAGCAGAAUAAAAGUUUAAUUUACUUCCUCA